CUGGUUGGCUGUUUCACAUUGCCCCCAUGGAACUUGGGGGGCAAGGAGAACAGAGGCAAACAUGAAGCUCACAAUGCCUGCUGUGACAUCAAUGCCUACUGUGUAACAAUGUCCUUUGUCUCUGACCCAGGCAUCUCUUGUCUUCUUCCAGAAACCAUGACACUAUGGCAGGCCAACUUACUAGCUUUCAAGUAAGGUAACAUCUCAGACCAUCACAGGUUUUGACAGGGGAAACUCUGAAGGACCACAGGAGUUGGAGGUUCCAUGUAUCUCUAAGUAGUAACAUACAAUGGGUCCAAAAGAGAAGAAAGAGAACUCAAGAUUCCUGAGCCACAGAGCUGUUGACUGGAGGCUGACUCAGAGAGACCCUGGAUUCAGUGACAUACAGAGACAACAGGGAGUUAAUCGCCUUCUGGACAAACAUAAUCUAUGCGACCUCCUCCCCAAAAGGUUUGGACCAGCCAGUCUUCCAGACCAUUCAACAGCAACGCUGAAACAGCCCUAUCCCUCCAAAAGACAUAAACACAGAAAAAACGGCCACACGACUUCAAGAAUAUGCAGAAAUGGAUGGAAUAACUACAACAGGGGAUAUCGGGAAUGGAAGGAACAGAGACCCACUGGCUACUCACAGCAGCUUCUCCGGGGACCAAGAGAGAGAGAAAUUGGGCUCCUGUGUCCUCACCACCGGGAAACAUCCGACCAACUAGGGAAAAACACAUUCCUGGAAUUCUGCCUUCAAUUCUUGCAAUAAUAAUGUAACAGCCUCAGACCCUUUCCAGUUUUUAGACAUGAAGAUGACUGUCUAGCAGCAGGUUUUGCUGAAUCCCCAGCACAGAAGCAACAGCAAGUCCUACUUAAACGUUUCAUUGUGCAGAUCAUAAAGCAGAACCAAAUUCCUGCAUCCAUUUGUUCACUUAGUAUUCAUUCAUUCAUUCAUUCAUUCAUCCACUCGUUACAGUGAGUGAAAAGUAGACCGCCAUAAACAGCCUUUCCUCCAGAGUGUCCCCAUUGAGAGUGGCAGCCAACGUGAGACUAGUCACCAGCUUCCAAGGAAGCAAUGGGUGCCUCAAAGAGAGGGUGCAGGAACCCACCACAUGGCACCUGCACCUUCUCAGGAAAAAUGAUGACGUCAGCCUCUUUACUGGUGACUCUAUUGGAGGAACAAAAUUUAACUGACUAAAAUUAGUGUCUCAGUUGUAUAUUUAUUAAAAAAGAAUACCAUUUGACACACUUUUAAAGAUGUUUAGAUGGUCAUGAAGAGAAGGUGGGACUCAGUCCUCAUUUUUCAGUGCACCAUCAAUAACCAGUCAUGUAUGGCUAGAAAAUCAAAGUAUUGCAAACACACAGGAUGGUGUGCAGAGGCCCUGAGACCUGAAAGCACCUGCGGACACCCUGCUCUGAUGAGAAGGCCCAAAUAAGGCCCUCCUGUGGGUUGCGUGCUGCACGCUCAUUCUUUAAAUAACACUUUGGUCCCCCAGCUGAGAUGAAAGGAGAGUGGAUGAAGGAUGAUGGAAGCAGUAAGGCAACCCCACCCCAUUAUUUAGCAUGCUUCCUGAAACAAGGGGCUAGAGGACAGUGAACAAAGAGUCAGCUGCCCACCUGAGCCCUAACCCCUCAACAAGACCACCCAACUAAGCCAGACAAAGGCCAGAAAGCCCAGCACUCCCUUUCCUGAGGAGUCAGUGGGCUGGGGCUCCUGAGAACGGGUGAGAUUCAUGGACGAAGAGAAGGGUCAGAAACGCUGCACCAAGCUCCAGUUUCACAUGACUCCAGCGCAACCACAGGCCUUACCGCCGGGCCUGGAGGGACUCUCACACCUGAUGGUCAAGACCUGAUUCAGGCUGAAACAUUUCACUUCUCUAACCAGAGUGACGUGUGGCCAUCUGCUUCUCACACCUCAUGCUAGCCAACACUGCGAGUAUCCAGUAUCAAAGGUGUGUUUUCCACCCUGCACCCUUCUGGGGAGAGGCUGCGGGCUUCCUUUGUACCUCUGCCCUGCACUCUCUGCCACCCCACUAGGUGUCCAGUUCCUUCUAUUUCUCUCUCCAAACCCAAGGGAUCAUUUGCUUCUUGAGAUAAAUACAUUAAACGAAUCUACUGCAUCUCCAAAAACAGUUGCUUGGUUGAUCAUUUCUCUGAUCGGGGACAGCACCUAGAGGGCAGUAAGGGAUGGAAUGUGUGGGUUUCACAUCAACCCUGAAAUGACACCCAUGUCAGGAAAGGAGGCAAAAGGAGAAGGGAUGUGGGGAAGUGGGUGAGCAGGCCGGGCAGCCAGCAGGUCUUUCCUGCCUCCCAGAACAGCUUGCAUUGCUCAUUCUGACCUGGGGGACUCUGCAAGGGCAGACUCUGUGCUCGUUGCAAAGACAGCAGUGAUUGACGCCAGGCUUCAGGGCAACCCCACCUGGCCUGAGCUGGCUCAUUCCUAAGGUGCUGUCUUAGGCCAUUCUCGCAAGGCUAUAAAGAAAUAUCUGAGACUGGGUGAUUUAGAAGAAAAGAAGUUUAACUGCUCACAGUUCUGCAGGCUGUACAGGAAGCAUCUGCUUCUAGGGAGGGCUCAGGAAGCUUCCUUUCAGUCACAGGCAGAAGGCGCAUCACAUGGUCAGGGCAGAGCAAGCCAGGGAAACAGGGGGCCACACAAUCUUAAACAACCAGAUCUGGUGCAAACUCAGAGCUAGAGCUCACUCAUCAGCAAGGGGAUGGCCCAAGCAGUUCGUGAGGGAUCCGCCCCAUGAUCCAGAUACCUCCCACCAGGCCCCACCUCCGAGAUUGAGGAUCGCAUUUUAACAGAGAUCUGGAGGGGACAAACAUCCAAGCUAUAUCAGGCACUCCACAAGGUUUGCCAAAGACACCUGCGGAUCUGGAUCUCCACCUGAAAACGUUCACCCGAAGACACUCCUGUGUGUCCCUGCAGCGCAGGCAGGGAUAACACUGAAAGGGAAGUUAUGUUGGUCGGCUGCUUUCCACCUUUGUCAUGGCUCCAAUUUUGUUCUCAACUUGCAACAGUUUAGUUGGGCUUAGGCAAGGGAGUAAUUAAAACUACACAUUUCAUCCUUUGAGCUCAUUCCUUAUUGGGGGGAAAAAUGCAUCAUGCAUCACCUGCUGUUUACAUUUUGCAGUGCAAAAUGACGUCUCAGGACAUUGAAUCAUGAUACAGGAAUUUCUUUUCCAUUGAAAGGAUCAGCAAAUAUUAGUGCCAAAAAGAUCCCAGAUAUAUUUUGGCCAAAUCCACUUAUUUUACAAAUAAAGUAAUAGCUCCAAAGAAAUUAACUUGUUAAAUUUCCCUUUUAGGAUUUACUUUAUCUUUUAAACACAUCCUUUACAGUUCAAUAAAAAUUAAUGGAGCAUUAACUAGUAAGUACUAACACUCUACACCUGGCCCUCGUGGCGCCUACACGGGAACAUAAAACAUCUGGUUAAAGGAUUGUUCACAGUAAAAACUAUCCCUGCUCUCAAGCUAAAGAUUGACAUACUCAGUGUUUUUUGUUUUUUGUUUUUGUUGGUUUGUUUGUUUUUUGAAACACAGUCUCUCUCUGUCGCCCAGGCUGCAGUGUAAUGGCAGGAUCUUAGCUCACUGCAACCUCUGUCUCCCAGGUUCAAGCGAUUCUCCUGCCUCAGCCUCCUGAGUAGCUGGGAUUACAAGCACCUGCCAUCAUGCCCAGCUAAUUUUUUUUUUUUUUUUUUUUUUUUAAGUAGAGAUGGAGUUUCACCAUGUUGGCCAGGCUGGUCUUGAACUCCUGACCUCAGGUGAUCUGCCCGCCUCAGCCUCCUGAAGUGCUGGGAUUACAGGCAUGAGCCACCACACCCAGCCAAUACUCAGUCUUUUAAAAGUGGUCAGGGUGAACUCACCAGCACCCACGUGCCCACGUGCACAUAUAAGCACAACGGAGCCAGCUCCCUCUCCUGUGACUCCACAUCCACGGAUUCUGGCUCCAAAGGGGAGUCCCCGUUUGCACAGCCAAUAGUCCCCUGGGACCUGGCCAGGUCUGGAAACUCUAUCAUAGGCACUCUCAUGGGACAGCAAGACUCAGAGAACAUGACAGCUGCCGUCAGCUGCCCGGAAGGCAGCCCGUGAUGGUGUAUGAGAGAGAUUCUGUAGCACUCCAGAAGGCAAAGUAUAGGGUCAGUGGACAGAAGGAAGGAGGAGGCCGAUUUCAGCUUCCUAAGAUGCAUCUGUUAGUCAUAGGAACUGUUCAAACGUGGAAGUGCCUCCUAGGGAAAAUGCCAGAGCAGAGGGCAGGCAGUGCCUCUCGGGAGUGCAGCAGGAUUUCCGCACGGGGCGGGAGAGGGGUGCUGAGGCUUCCACCAGGCCCGGAUAUCCUUUAAAAUCCAUCUGGCUUGCUAUUGGAAUGCAAUUUAUUCAAGGUUAUCAACUAAGUUGGGGUCAAAGCUGACACUGCAGUCAGCAGGGAAAACGCUUUUUUUCUCUUUGGUGGGGAACAGGGAGAUAGAAGAUAGGGAGACUUACCCCAUCAAUCAACUUGAGCAUUUUCUUUGAAACCAGUAAAUCUCUACUGCUUGUGACUGGCAUGCGGGAACAUCACUCAUAAGUACAUGGAUGAAACUUGAGACAGUUUAAAUCAUAAUCUGGAGUGUUUUAUGCAGCUGAACAGUUUGUUUUCUAGUGAAAGGGCAAAAUAUGACAUUUAAUUUUAACCAAAGAAAAAAAGAGCAGUUACCACAAUGGAGCAUUGUUUUGUUACAAUAGACUUAUUAAAAACCCUAAUCAGCUAGAUGGCCAGCGUUCAGAAUCCACGCAGCCCCAUAUACAGUGUGAGAGCAGACAGUGCGGCGUUCUCAUGCCGUUAGCCACUGGGGCGUCCUCGAUCGAGUGAUGCAAGGACACCCUUCACUGCACCAGUGAUGUAAGAGCAGACACCUGAUGAACACGGCCAUGAACACACGUAAAAGUACACAAUAAACUCUCAACCAAUUGGCCUUUCACUUCUUACCAGCAUACACAACACCUGUCUGUAUAUUUACCUUACUGGGAGAAGAAAAUAUCAAACACAGGCAAGCAAUGGCAAUUGCCUCGUUCUUCAUAGACUCCUGUUUUGUAUGAUGACCUUCUCAUCUUUUACAUUCAAAAUGUGCUACUUAUGGCCUCACUGAGGCAAAUUGUAUGGAGGUAUGGCCAUCACCCUAUUAAGUAAACUAGAGAGUAUUUGAUGGCAUUUAGUGAUUCCAAAAAAAAACCCAGAGACCUAUUAGGACCAUAGAGAAGAAAUAAUGGAACUAUUUGUAGUCAGACCUGCUAGGAGACAUAAGAGCUGAGGAGAGAAAUGUAAAAACUAGACCAAAGCCAUCAUUCCCUUUACAGAGGGGAGAAAGUGUUGUGGCUAUUUUCAAGCACAUAAAAUAAUCAGUGAAAUGGCAAAGGAAGAAAGGUCCCUCCUUCCUUACACCCUACAGCUCCGUCU